AUGUUAGAGCGAAAGUUUGUUCAGCAGCCAGAACUCAAGAAACAGUACAUAGACUUCAUGACAGAAUAUGAAACCCUCGAACACUGCAAAGAAGUCAGGGAAGUUAACGACUCAAGCAAUUUACGGAAGUGGUACUUACCCUACCAUGCCGUCCUUCGUCCAUCAAACAUUACGACUAAGUGCCGAGUGGUGUUCGACGCAUCAGCAAAGACUGAUGGAUGGUCCCUGAACGACGUACUGAAUAUAGGCUCAUUGAACCAGAACAGCUUACUGUCGAUUGUUUUGUGUUUCCGCAUCCAUCGCUAUGUUCUAUGUGCAGACAUAGCGAAAAUGUAUCGACAAGUGUUAGUAGAUGAACAUCAUACGCCGAUGCAAAGAGUGUUUUGGAAAAGUGAUUCGUCCCAUCCAAUCCGAGUAUUAGAGCUUACAACUGUUACUUAUGGUACAGCUUCGGCACCCUUUUUGGCGACUAGGGCGCUGUUGCAAAUAGCUAUCGAUGAAAGGCAGGAAUUUCCUAUGGCAUCGAAAAUAGUAGAGGACUAUUUUUAUGUUGACAAUGCUUUGUUUGGAUUUAAUGAAAUUGCUGAAGCCUUAGAAGCUCAGAAGCAGUUAAAUCAAUUACUAAAGUCCGGUGGAUUCCAUCUGCACAAGUGGUCUUCAAAUGACCAUAGACUGCUCCAAACGGUACCGGAGGCUGAUCGUGAAGAGUUAGUCUGCAUAGAAGGAUCUGAUUUCAAUGAAGUCAUAAAAACACUGGGCUUAUUGUGGGACCCGUCAGCCGACGAGCUGCUUUUCGUGUCGUAG